CCUAUUUUAACAGAUCAAUAAUGGUCCAGACAGCAUCCCAGAGCUCAGUAUCUACUGGGUGGAAAAUGGGGUAGAAGGGGUGAAGCACAUAGAAGCCCUUCUAGUAAGACAGAAGGGAAGCCAGAGAAAACAUUUCAGAAGAGGUAGUUAAUACUGAGAGCUUGUAAAAAGUGGUUCAAUCAGAACAUAUACAUGAUAAGAUAUCUUAAACAUACUUUGUAAUGCGUGGACUUUUACGUGGUACUUUAUAUUGUGCACUGUGGUAUGGCAGUGUAGUGGCUGGCUUUUUAUUUAUUGCCUGUCCUAUGUUACCACUGUUAUUGUUUAGCCCACUAAAAUUUCGAAAAUGUAAUGAUUUUUUAUUUUCCUGUUGGGAACUUUAUUCCACGGCUCUUUUAAAAGUAUUUGGUGUGAAAAUUUUUGUGUCUGGGGAUCACAUAUCUCCAGAAGAAUCUGCUAUACUUGUAAUGAAUCACAGAACACGAGUAGAUUGGAAUUUUUUAUGGGCAGCAAUGUAUCAAGCGUGCUUACCCAGUGUAGCAACUCAUAGAUUAAAGUUUGUUUUAAAGGAUCCUAUAAGACAUAUUCCAGGUCCAGGAUGGAUAAUGCAAAUGAAUGGCUUCCUUUAUAUAACACGACGGUGGGAAGAAGAUCAAAGUCGAUUGUCGCACACCCUUGAUUAUUUAGUAUCAUUGGAUAGGCGUUCUCAAUUAUUAAUAUUUCCGGAAGGUACAGACUUAACAAAAAGUAGCAAAGAAAAGUCAGACAGAUACGCUUCAAAAUACAAGUUGCCACAGUAUUCCUUUACUCUUCAUCCACGGACAACAGGAUUCACUUAUUUAGUUCAUCAUCUUCAACAAGCUAACUAUCUUGAUGCUGUUUAUGACUUAACAAUUGCAUAUCCAGACUAUGUUCCACAGUCAGAAUUAGAUUUAAUCAAAGGCAAAUUACCAUAUGAAGUACAUUUUCAUAUUAAAAGGAUACCAUCAGCUGAUAUGCCAACAGAUGAUAUAGCAUUAAGACAAUGGUUAGAAGAAAGGUGGUAUAACAAAGAAGAAGUUUUAAAACAAUUUUACAAAAGAAAAACUUUUUCUACUGAAAUUUGGCCUUUGACAAAUAUAUACCCUUUACAAGUUGCAUUAGGUUUUUGGAGUAUCUUAACAGGUGCUGCAAUACUGUUGCUUAUUAUUUCUCCGUUAUUUCAAUUGUGGACACUGAUCCUUUCGCUUUUCUUUGUUGCUCUAUCAUUUUUUACUACUGGUUUUAAUCAACUUGAAAUGGCAUGGUACUGGCGUUGGAGAGCUUACUUGUUACAUCAAAAGCAUAGUUAGUAAAGUUUAAAAUUAUACUCAUCAAAGUAAGUAAAUUUAAAUAUUAACUUUCAAUAUUUAUUUAUUUAUUCGAUACUAUGAAUGUAUCAUAAAAUUGAAAAAUAUUGAUGUAAUUAUGACAUUGAACCAUAUAUAAUUUGUUUAGUUUAAAAACUAUGAGCAAAGGUCCUCAAUUUCAAAAACUUGAUAUAUUUUGAAAUAUAGUCUGAUUUUGUAUUAAAAAUUUUACGAGAUUAAUAUAAUUUAAAUUAGAUUAAAACACAUUGGAACAUUUAUUCAAUAAACUGUGUUAGUAAAUGCAAGACAUGAUUUAAUAGUAACAUAAACUAUAAAGUAUCAUUGUAAAAUGAAUUAACACAAAGAAUUGUUUUUUAAUAUUGACUGAACUAAACUGUGAAACAUUAUAAUGAUAAUAUUAUAAAACCUUUAUUACUAUACAUGAAAUGAAAGAAAAACAAUGAGGUUAUGAGGUUAGUAGAAAUUAAUUUUAAUAUUUUAAUAAGAAUUAACCUUGUACAGUUUACCUUUUUAAAUACUGCAGUGAUACAGAUAUUUGACACUUUUAAAUGCGAGUUGUAAUAAAAAAUUACAAAUAUUUCUUUAUCUCAAUUAUUUUAUAAUGUUUACACUUUACUACUACGAUUUUCCUGACAAUAUAAAUUCAUAACAUUAUCUAUUUUAUAUUUUUAUUUAAAAUUCAUUAAUUCUUUAAAAUAAAAUAUUAUUGUUAAUUAAAAUUCUAUAAACUAGUAUCAUUUCAACACAUUUGAUAUUAUCAUUUAUACCCAAUAUUUUCACUCUAUACGUACGCAUAAACGUACAUAUUUAGAUUUCAUUCACAAAAUUAAGCAAGAGCAUCUUUAUAUAAAACUAGGUUGUACUGAAUUAUGAGAUGUGAUUUAUAACUAAACCAAUACAAAUGACCUAUAAUCAUAAAAAAAAUAUUUUAAAAUUAUGUAUAGAAUAUAAUUUUAAUUUAUAAUACAACAAAGCAAAAAAUUUACAAAAAUCAUUCACACCACAUUAACGUACGGAUAUGUUGUAUGAGUGUAACAAACUGUUUAAUAGAAAUAUUAAUUCCGAAAAUAUUCUAUAACUUGGAAACAUUUCGUAUACAAAACUGUUAU